AUGUCGAUGACAACGCUGUCGUCCACCAUGUCUACCAACGCCCAAUCAUCCACCAUGCUACCCCAAAGUCAGGAAGUCCCUCUUUCCCAAGCGUUCGCCCUGUUGGCAGAUGAAGAAUACCAUGAUGUGUCUCUGAAAGGCACUGAUGGAGUUUUGGUUGGAGCCAAUCGAAUGGCCCUGUCAGUCCGGAGUGACUACUUCAAGACCAUGUUCAAAAAGGGUUGUCAAUUCAAAGAGUCUACUGAUAAUGUGGUAUCCAUUGGAUUUUCUGGCAAGAUUCUCAAGGCAGUUGUCGAGUAUAUCCAUACCAACACUACCAGUGCCUUUGUCAUCCAACAAGACUCUUGUGGCAUUUGGGGUCACAUGGAACAAUUCCAGACGUUACUGUCACUGACAGAAGCAGCAAUUUACUUUGGUUUACCGGGCCUCUGUCAAAAGGCCAACAAAUACCUUAUGGACUUGCAGCUGGUAGAACCAUCUGUGGCAUUGGCGGUUUUGGCAGCGUCCAAACAACAACCCUAUGGACCCGUGGUCACAGAGGAAUUGAUUGGCGUUUGCUGGGACACACUCUCCGAGACAAAAGCAUUCCACGAAAUUGUACUCUCGCAGAUUUCUUCACAAGUUCUAGACGCCAUUCUUUCAGACGCCAAUCUAUUGGACGAUACCGCCAUUUUCAACCUGAUUCAGGCAUGGUCUGCUGCUUGCACCGAACAAGCAGACGAAAACCACUGUGAUGCUGUCAAAGCCUUGGUUCGGGAUUUUGUCGACCUGGAUUUUGUGGAUCCAAAUGUCUUGUCUACCACCCUUGGCGCGUCCGGUUUGGUGACAAGCGACCAAGUACUCGAGGCAAUGGAACAGCAGGGAGCGGAAACCAAACAGCGAGUUUCCUGUCACGAUGAGCCUCCUGUUGUUGUUGGCAUGUGGGAAUGGAAGGGCGCAAAAUCCCAAACUCUCACUGCUACGGGUGACGAUUGGAACAGUGACAUUCUCCAAGGAGUAGCCUUCGAGUUGGGGCAAAAGUACCGAUGGCAAGUCACCACCAACGAUGACGGCUCGGAAGAAACCUUUCCGUUGGUCUGGCUGGGUCUGGCAAAACAGUCAACAAUACGUACUCUCGUAAACCCAAACAAGUUGUGCGGUGAUCAGCACAAUUGUUGGGGAGUCUCGGGGAUUACCGGAUCGGAAUAUUCCAAUGCCGACUCCGUUCAUCGACCACUGGGUAAUGCGGCCAAAUUUGAUGCCGGAUCCAGUGUCACCAUGACCCUGGAUUUGUCCGCACGAAAUCGCAGCAAUGGGAGUUUAUCCAUUGCUGUCAAUGGCCAAAAACCAAUCCUGGCCAUUUCCAAUCUACGGGAUCAUUUGCUAGAAGAUGAGAGUAGUGAUGGUGGUGCUGCUGCUUUUGUCCCGGCGGUUUCCUGCCGAGGAGCAAGUGUUACAGUUGUGGAUGUUCAGAGGAUUAGUACCAGUGGUGAUUCAAAGUUGUCGUCAAGCGAUGGAAGGCUUUGGCUGUCAAAGCUAUUGCUGUUUUCUUUGGUUCCGCUGUUGUUGAGCAUUACUGAGCAUUACAUUCUAAGAUAG